AUGGCCAAAUCCAAGAACUCGUCCCAGCACAACCAGUCCAAGAAGAACCACCGUAACGGUAUCAAGAAGCCCAAGACCCACCGUUACCCCUCGCUCAAGGGAACCGACCCCAAGUUCAGGAGGAACCACAGGCAUGCUCUUCACGGCACCAUGCGCGCUCUGAAGGAGGUCAAGGAGGUCUGCGACCGCGACGCUCAAGUCUCUCACGAUGCCAAACCUCCUGAGCUGGUGCGAAGGCGUCUGCAGUCGCCAGACAUCGAUAAGACGCUCCUUGACACUGUCACACGUCUCUCCGCGGAGCCCACGCCUCUCGGCUUCCACCCACUCGCUCCGGUCGAACGUCACCGCCCCCACCAUCCCACCAUGGCUACCCAAGCGCACUGCGCGUUCUGCUUCGAAACGCUCGUCGCAAGCCUCGAGAAGCGCCCUGCCCUCACGCUCGCCCAAGUCGAACAUCUCUGGGCCAAAUACAACACUGAGCCUACCACAACCUCUGAGCUCGAAGACGAGACCGAAGCGGAAGAAGCAGACCAGGCCGCCGCACAGGUAGAUGGCUCCCACAAAACACCCGCGAUAUCGCGUAUCCUCGCUUCCCCACCCUCGUCCGCAAGUUCGUCAAGCCGGCAAAGUGCGAAUUCGACGCCCAGUGGUCUAAGCAGCGAGACACCAAGUAGCAUCACAAGCCAGAGCAGCAGCACUACAAACCUGGUCGAUAAGGAGGAAGAGGCAGAAGAGCAUCCCUUGUUCGUAACAUGGAACACUGUGUCGGGCUCCGGUGAGAAGCGACUUCGAGGCUGCAUUGGAACCUUUUCAGCCCAGCCCCUCACCACGGGUCUCUCGUCCUACGCGCUCACUGCCGCCUUCGACGAUACGCGUUUCUCGCCCAUUAGCACACGCGAACUACCUACGCUCUCCUGCGCCGUCACGCUCCUCACAGACUUUGAGCCCGUGGACGAUGUUAUGGAUUGGGAGCUUGGCACACAUGGCUUGCGGAUUAGCUUCCAGGAAAAGGGUAGGCGUUAUGGGAGCACGUAUCUGCCUGAUGUGGCGAGCGAACAGGGGUGGACGAAGGAAGAGGCGUUGGUUAGUUUGAUGCGGAAGGCGGGGUGGGGUGGUAAGAAGGCGGAUUGGAAUAAGGUUGCGUUGAAGGUCACGAGGUAUCAGGGUAAGAAGGUAGCGUUGAGCUGGGGCGAGUGGAGGAGUUGGAGGGAUUGGGUUGAUGAGGAGAUUGCGGAUGUCUAG